AUGGGUGGUAGGAAUUCACAGAAGAAGAAUGUUGUUGUUCUGCUAGAUUACGAUGAUACCCACAGUUUUAGUUGGUCAUCCGCUGUUCGCUCCGAUCACGUUGGCGUAUCAGAUGCUCCGACAGAGUUUGUACGUCAUCCACAGAAGAAAAAGACAUCGCUGGACCAACAUUUAGAUGCCCUUUUUGAGAAAAAGCCUUCUACUAGGGAGAAUGCAUUGGCAUCAAUGAUAGAAGCUUUUAAUGUCAAUGUACAGCAUAAGUUUGUGGAGAAGAAAUCUGCUACCUUGUUGUAUCAAUGUUUGAAUUGUAUCAAGCGGGGCUCUGCCAAAGAGGUGGCCAUGGCAGCUCACUUGGUUGGACUUUUGGCUUUGACAACGGGUCCUGGGUCUCAAGCUCAAGAAAUAUUGCGAGAGUCGGUAUCCCUUAUCUCUGAGGCCCUCAAAUCUCCAAGUGACCUAGCUAAGAUGUCGUCUUUGUUGGAGUGUCUGGCAAUUAUUACGUUUGUGGGUGCUGAGGACCAGCCGGAGCUUACUCAGAAAUCUAUGCAAUUGGUGUGGGAAGUUGCAGCUGCUAAACCUUCACAACCACCUUUGAUAGCAACUGCAGUGUCUGCUUGGUCAUUCCUCCUUACCACCAUGGAUGGAUGGCGUCUUGAUCCUAAGAGUUGGCAAGGGUCGAUUGCUUUCUUUUCUACUUUGCUGGAUAACAGACCAGUGCGUAUUGCAGCUGGUGAAGCCAUUGCGUUGAUUUUUGAGAUAGGUAGCCUGGGAAAGUUUUGUGAGAGUUCCAGUGAAAAUUCUAACAAUGAAGCUGACAAGUCUCCGGAGCUGAUGCAUAUUCAAGGGCUAAGGUCUAGUAUCCUAACCCAAGUGAAGAAUCUCUGUGACGAGGCUGUUGAUCUCAAUGGUCAGAGAAAUAGUUUCCAGGAUAUCUUGGAAUUCCUUGAGGAAGGAUACAGCCCAGAGACUACAGUAAAAGUUGGUAGGCAGUCGAUGAGUACAACCUCUUGGGCUCAAUUGAUCCAGGUGAAAUUUUUGAGGCGUUUCCUUGGUGGCGGAUUUGUGAAGCAUAUGCAGGAGAAUGAGUUUCUUCAUCACGUCUUUGAUUUCACUCCUAAGAAGAAGUCUCUUGCAGGUCAAUUGUCUGCGACUGAAAAGGAGACUAAGCAAGUUAAUGAUCUCUUUGAUUUCAUCCCUAAGAAGUCUCUUCUCACGGUUGCAGCUGUCCAAUCUCGAUGUCCUGCCAUUGAAAAGCGGUUAAACAAGUCUCCCAAUUCUGGUCUCAAUAAGGCCAGGACUAAGCUCCUCAACAAAGAAAGGGCGACAGCUCUGGAUAAUAACACUGGACAUUUUGCUGUUUGA